ACAUUUAGGUUAGAACAGGGAAGACAGAAACAGACCUAAAACAACAAGUGCGUUAUGCAACCCUGUCCAAGAUGAUAUUACUUUUAGUUGGUCUUUUCCUUGGGAACAUUCCUUCAUUUGCAUUUUCUGCAUCAUCCCAGCCAAAAAUUAACUGCCUUAUCAUAAAUCUGGACUAUGUCAAUUGCACAUGGACUGAGCAUGAGCACAAUUACAGUUUCAAGAGCAGGUUUACUCAUAAAGAAAUUCUGGAUUGUCCAACAUAUCUCAGGAUUGAUGGUGUUAACGUGGGCUGCGUGUUCCCCUACGAAAAACCACAACGGUUUAAUACGUUAAAAACAUGGCUGUACAGUGACAAUGGCGGUUUGGUGACAGAGCAGGAACAUAAUCUCAAAGCAUAUGUGAAGCUUUACCCUCCGGUCAACCUGUCUGUGGUGGAGAAAAAAGAUGCUGAACUGUGGCUGUACUGGAAUAUUACAAAGAACGACAGCUGCAUUGAGAGUGAAGUUCGUCACAGGACAGACAACAAUGCGUGGAAGAGCACCACUCCAGGCCACAGGACCUCCUUCAGUUUGCCUUUUCCCUCAAAAAAACGCUAUGAGUUCCAGGUCAGGGCUCGAAUAGAGUCAUCCUGCGGAGAGUCCAAGUUUUGGAGCGACUGGAGUGAGCCUGUCUACUGGGGAUAUUUAAAGACCAACAACACCUCAGAUGAUCCGGGUAACAUGCCUCUGAUGUCACUGGUGCUGUGCACAGCGGGAGCCACAGUAAUUCUCGUCAUACUGUCCUGCUUGCUCGUCCAUAACGAAAGGUUAAGAAUCAUUUUAAUACCAGUGGUACCAAAUGCAGGACGAAAUGUAAGCAAUUACCUUACAGCCCUUUUUGACAAUUAUGAUGGCAAUGUUGAGAAAUGGCUGUCCAUGCCUAAAGAUCUGGAGAACGGCUUCAAACCCAAUUUCACAGAGCGUGCCUGUCCUGUGCGUGAGUACAGGAUAGUGUCCCAGUCCAGCACUGACAGCGAAAGCAUCCUCUCAAACCCAACAGACCUGUCGUCAGAUUACCAGUGCAUGCAUAGCUACUCAUCAGCCUCCACCAUACCUGGAUCUUCCGAAACCAUACAAACCCAAGAUCUAUCGCAAGUGGAUAAUCCAGUCUAAAUCUUCAUCUUAAUCUGAGGCUAUUAAAAUUGAGAGUUUAGAAAUGAGUGUCUUUGAAAUUUAGGUUUGAAACUAGAAUCCUGAAAAGAAAAGAAAAACAUUUACACAUGAAAAAGGGGGUUUGCACGUGUUAUAUGAUGAAUCUCAGUAAAAUCCAGUAUUGGCACUUUUUUUUUUUAAUAUUCAACUUAGAACAAGGAAUGAUAAACAUUUAAUUGUUUCUUUUUCUUAUGUUAAAGCUGGGUAGUGUUUGUAACUGAAAUUGUGUUCCUUUUUGUGUUUUAUAUAGUUUGAAGUUGUUUUUUUUGUAUUAAGUCAGGUGGAGUAGCAGCAUAGUGGUCAUGUUUUUUUAUUUGUGUCAAAAGUAUUUUCCUCACAUUGAGCUGUUUUCCACAGUAAUGUAGGUGAGAUUUCUGUAUGGUCGCCCGAAUCAAGGCUUUUUUGCAAGCAGUGUCCAUUGUAACAAAGUGUAAGAUGUGUCUGUGAUAACAUGUAUACUUAGUACAAAGUAAAUUCUAGAAUCUGAUUUGUGUACUUUCGGGAAAA